AAAAGCAGAUCAUUAAAGUCUAAUUGGGUAACUGUCACCUGGAGCCAAAUUCUAACCAAUCAGCACAGCGUUUGACAUUUUAUCUAUACCAUGAGUCCACACCUUUGAUUUCCAAACAUACUUUCAAAGUGAUUUCUCAGUGGUAGUCUUCUUUUUGCAUAUAUGGAGCCAACCACAUCUACCAUGCAACAUUCUUAUGGCCGGGGCUCUCAGGGUCCUAAGUCACCACAUGGUGCCCAGCAAACCCAGGGGCUACAUCAACCGUCUACCGGGCCUUCAGGACCUCCACGUCCUGAGGACCAGCACCAGCAGAACCACAAACCUUUCUUCUACGUACAGCCCUCACAGCCAUACAUGCCCAUGCAGAAUCUGCAGUGGCCUGUGCCAGUUCCCUUGCCUUUGUCCUACAACCCAUACUAUGGCUACCCUAGUUUAGGUUAUGGCCUGCCAGUGAUGCCCAACUAUCAGCCAAAUCCAUACAUGGAACCACCUGGCUUUGUGGUACCCCAUACCCACCUUCAUUUAAUUGACUACAGACGCAUGCUGAACUCUCAGUAUUACCAGACUAUGGCCUACCAUUCCCGUAGGUUCCGCUACCAGAACGACAGCCAGACCAGAGAAAUGACCAGCUCUGAAGUUCAAACUGAGCCACUGUUUCCGGCCCGGAGAACCAGCACUCCAGGCUCUAAUGAUGUUGAGUCCCCUUGUGGCCUCCCUAUCUGCAGCAGCAACAACAGCCCCAGUGUCUCCACCACUCAGCUGCUACCGCCAGCCUUGACUGUGUCAAAGGGGGAUCAUUCUAUGGAGUUAAAGGACAUAGUACCCCCUUCCAAAGCAAGGACACAACCAAAUGGCAGCUUUGUGAUUCAAACAGAGGAGGUAAGGAUUGAGUGCUGCACCACACCAGCAGGACUUCAACUCCUACACUCUCAUGAAACUGCAAAAGUAUCUCACAGCUUUUCUGAAGACGCGGUACAGUGUGACACUAUCCUCCAGGGUCAUGUGCUACAGGACAAAGAACUGUUGCUUUCUGCAGACCAGUCUGACCAGGCACUCCAUGCUUGUCCUGACAUCCUGUUAGUUGGAACUCCCAGCACCGGUGAGAUAAUCCCUGCUCUGGAGGAGUCCAUGAACCAGAUGGACCCUGUGACUGUUGCCUCCAACAUUAGUUUCCAAGUAACGGCUCAUGGUGGUGUUCAGGAGACAAGUGGAGAGAAAGACCUGACCAUGACAUCCAAGAAUUUACACUUUGAUCCCAAGUACCUGGAAGAGCUCAGGAAGAUGGAAUCCACAGUCUGGUCAAUGGAAGAAACUUUAAUUCCUUCACCUGAAUCACUGAUCCAAAAUACCUAUACAGAGCCUAAAGAUGAAAUGCUGGCUGUUGUAGCCAAAGUGCCACCACCAGACACACUGACUGUCAGACAGGAGGCUCCUACAGAAGAGGUCGUCCCCAUGAUCGAGAUGCCUCUUUUGACAGCAGAUGAACUGGAAGACAUGGUCUCCACAGUGAAGGGUCAUGUUGGUGAAAUGUCUAAAGCUGAUGCUUGUCCCAUCAAGGAUGUUCCUGUUGCGAUGGAAACUCCUAAGACCAAAUUGACACACACAGCAGAGGUGGCUGAUGCAUCUCAUUUGCCAGUGUUGGAUAAUUCUCCCGAUAAGGCAGAUAGAAACCAACAUAGACAAGAAAUGAAUGUCCAGGAACACCAGGACACUUCAUUCGAAUCAUUGCCCGCUUACCUCCCAUCAACCAACUGGCUAUCUGACUUUGACAAUUUCCACUAUUGUAGCAAGUUACCACCAACUCCAAAGAAGUUGAACAGACCUCAGAGAAGCCAGGGUUUAGAUGUGCCUUCCAGAAGAAGAAAACUAGACCUACAAUACAAAGAACAACCUACCAUUCGCAAGCCAAAAGAGAGGUACAAACCUAAAGGCAAGGUUGAUCGGAGAAGCCUCUCUGACCAUGAAUGCUGCGUUAGUAGAAAAUUCAAUGAGAAUGCAUUUACCCCUUAUGAAUCAAAGAGGGAAAGACUUUGCACCAGAUGUCUAGCAAAGCACAGGGUCUGUGCAUCUGUGGGUCCAGGACUCGAUGAUCGGAUCUUAAAAAGAAAAGCAGUUCCUUUUCAACAGCGGAAUGAAGCCCUCUUACCAACAUGUGAAGCAUGCAAAUCUCACUCCAAAAAACAGCUAAUGAGAAAAAGUUCCAGUCCUGAUGUCUGUGGCUGUCAGCAUGGACACGAUACUGAAGGAGAAUCUUCUGAGAAUAGCUCUAGUCGCACAGGGCCAAAAUGGAGGGCAUCUAAUGACCCCAGGAAGCUCAGCGAUCUCAAGAGGCCACUGGCCUCCAAGCAGAACUUGGAGGCAUGUUCUGCAGCGAUGUACCCAAAGCUCUGGGAUGAGAACUGUGUGUGUAAUGAACCACAGCAACAGACUGUUGCAUGGGAGAGGUCACACCACUGUCCUCAUGGAAAUGUCAUCCAAGAAAUGGAUGAGAAUUGUGCCAUGCCUGUUUCCCUCAAAGACACACGGAGGAGCAUGGAUCAGAUUUACCUGACACACUGGUGGCAAACAGAGAAGUCAUGGAAAGCAGUGAUACCUAAACCUGACGUUGAUGGCUCCAAGAAUGAAGCCAGAUCACAGCACUUGAAUAAGCACAAGAAAUCACAACCACAGUCACAAGGAAGUUGUAGAAAAGACACAAGAUGCUGAUUUGCACAAGAGCACAAUUCAAAAGUGAAAAACACUUUUUUUAAAAAAUGAUACGCACUUAAUUUAAAUUAUUUCCACUUAAAUGAAUUGUAUAAUAAAUCACUGUUCACUGUUUAUAAACAUUAAUUUAAACACA